AUGGCAAAACAUUUCCGACGGCCAAUCAGAACCAAGUCUACCAAACGGCCGUCUUUGCUGCUUGUGCCCAAGGUCAAAUCACUGACCUGGCCUAGGCUGUCUAGGGUAGGGCAGUUCCCGCCGGAAGUUAUUCGAAGUCAUACUGUCCCUGGGGCCCCGGAUUGGUACAAUGCAUGGCUUUCAGCUCGGUUUCGAACGCUGCCCACGGUACUGUUCGAUGUUUUCCAAACAAAUCGGGAACAUUGUGACGAAGCCGUCCGCUGGGAUCGUUUUCUCUCGGCUUACGAUGCAAUAUCAAAGUGCAUCACUUCCACAAAGUCAAUGACCGUGGACGGAAUUAUAGGCCAGCUGCAGGAUAACGGUGUUCUAAAAGCAGAAAUGACCAGUGAGCACCUUGGAUAUUCUAGAUAUUUGGUUUUUAACGUGUUGGGGUGGCAAACUAUGCUGUUUAAACCUGUGGUCCUGGACAACAUCCCCAGUCCGUUGCUGCAACUUGCAAUUGACGAAGGAGAGGGUUGCUGUCCUUAUACACAUAUGUAUUUGCUUCAGGACACUCAUGCCUGUGCGCAAAGCUCACUAAGUGAAUUGCUGAUGGGGUUCGGCAUCCUCCUUCCCUCUAAAAAUGCCUGCCUAGACGACAACGAAGAUGUCCAGCGAGAAUUCCACCAACGCCUUGAGUUGAACACUAGGACAUUCAAUGUCUAUAGUCUGAUCUCGAUAGCCGGGAUUAGAAUUAGGUGGGUAGAUUCACUAUCUUGUCACUUGGAAUUCAAUUCGGUCACCAACGAGCUUUCGAUCUUUCAAUUCCCUUCGUUCUGCCAGCAAACCUUACUGGCGUUCCAACGUGGGACCCGAGGAGCCCUCCAUGCCUGCGCAACAACAAGCAGGCUGCGAUGCCAAUGGGCGACGGAAGACGAUAUCAAUCACUUCCUUCUGGAGACCUUGCUUUCCUACCGGCUGUUAUUCGGACAGUCACCCAAGUCCCGACGUAUUUUUCGUUCCCUAGAUCCGUUCCUACUGGCGUCGAAAGAAAGCUGCGAUCCACUGCUUUCUAAACUAUGCCUCGUACAACGAUAUAAUGAUCCACAUCUGGCUGAAAGAGAAAUAUACCACUUGCCGCGGGACUUUCCAGUCCUACGGUAUCGUAUCAUCGUCCUGCAGAGAUACCUGACGACGAAAACCCCUCGCACGCUGAUGCAACUCUGGCGCGAUAAAAGAGACUCCGCGAAUUGGUUAACGUUCUGGGCUGUGAUCGUUUUCGGGGCCUUUGGAUCCCUUAUGGCACUAUUACAGGUUAUCCUGCAGCUGGUGCAGCUGCUCCAAUGA